AUUGACUUUACACAAUCUAGAUCACAUGGGUAAUUAGUUCCUAUCAUUAAAAUAGGCCUAUGUGAUUGUGAAUGCUACCUCACUUUCCAAGAUCUCUUCAUAUAGGACAGUGCCUAUCACCGGACCUAGAACCCGUGAUGUGUACAAAACAAUCGGACGACCAAACGAAACUAUAAAGGAGAGUUUAUCAUUAUCAUUUAGUCCCAUGGAGAGUGCAGAGAAUCCAUCGAUCCAGUAUUCGGUGAAUUCACCCGAUUCUACUUCAGAUUCAGAGGAAGAUAGAUCUGCGGGCCACACCUAUGAACAAGCCUUAAUAAGAACUGGCUAUGGCCGCUUUCACUACAAACUUCUAUUCCUGUGUGGCUGGGCGGUCGCCAGUGACUCCAUCGAGGUCCUCUGUGUCUCCUUUCUCCUUCCAUCAGCUGAAUGUGACCUGAAGUUGACGUCCAUAGAUAAGGGAUGGCUAAAUGCCAUUAUUUUUGUGGGUAUGAUGGUUGGAGGGUAUGUCUGGGGUGCCCUCGCGGACAUCCAGGGGCGUCGUGCCAUUCUCAUGUUCUCCCUUGCACUGAAUGGACUGGCUGCUCUCGCGUCGAGCUGUUCACAGACAUUCUGGCUCUUUCUACUCCUAAGAUUUUUUAGUGGGGUGGGAGUGGGGGGAAGUGUUCCUGUGAUAUUUUCCUAUUUUGUCGAGUUUCAACCAAAAGAUCGUCGCGGGAGGAUGAUUUCCUUACUAGCAACGUUCUGGAUGGGCGGUAACAUAAUUGCGGCAGGUCUAGCGUGGGCGGUCAUACCACACAAAGGUCUCGGUUACUUCUCCCCCGAGUUUACGUACGAUAGUUGGCGGAUAUUUAUUGCGCUGUGCACCAUUCCUAGCCUAACGUCCGCCCUUGCAUUUGUUCUCAUGCCGGAGAGUCCCAAAUUCCUCCUCAUGAAAGGAAACGACCAAGAGGCGUUGAAAAUUCUCAACUCGAUCUAUCUGUCGACGCAUAAAGACCUGGCGGGUUACGAAGUGAAGCAGCUGUUAGCGGCGAAGGAUGAUGAUAGAGAGGAAAGUGAUUUAGUAUUGCUACAACGGCAGGGUCCUUGCAGCAGAGGUUGUGCCAGGGCACAGAUAUCGUUCAAAAAGUAUCUCUUAAAGACGAAAAAGCUUUUCACGCGGCCGCUGGCCCGGAGCACAGUGACGCUAAUAUUCAUCCAGUCUUCAUUAGCAUUUGGUUAUUACGGACUGUUCCUCUGGUUCCCUGAGCUCUUCAAACGAAUGGAAGAGCACGGUGGCUCCGCCUGUGACGCCGCUCUCUACGUCGGCAACAAGACGGUGCCGCUUAUUCCCUCCAACCAGACGUGUGGCGCCCCGCCCGAUGCCAACGUCUUCUUCGAAGGGUUCCUUACGGCCAUAUCUACACUACCAAGUAAUAUCUUUGCGAUAUUAGUCAUGGAUAAAAUCGGAGCUAAGAUUAUUUUAGUGAUCAGUAUGGGAAUAUCAGGAUUGAGUGUCUUCUUCAUCUGGUUGGUUAAGAACAAGACUCAGGGGAUUAUCAUGUCUUGCAUAUUCAGCGGGAUUUCAAAUGCGGGAUGGAGCGCGCUGGAUGUUCUGUCGGUGGAAUGUUUCCCUACUGAUGUUAGGUCAACUGCCAUGGGGACUGGUUUACUGAUGGCAAGAAUUGCAGCCAUCCUUGGAAACCUGGCUUUCGGGGCGCUCGUGGAUGCCCAGUGUGCCGUACCCAUGCUGCUCGUCGCAGCUCUCCUGUGUGCUGGCGGAUUCGCUACGCUGAUUUUGCCGAAUAAACGGAUGCAAGAAAUAGACUGAGAUGUUAUAUAUUUUGGAUGAUUAAAGACAUCCAGUCGUGGCACAAGUCUUUAUUUAGAACGUGGUAAAAUAACUUAAUCAGUGAUUACUUCUCAUGCAGCUCAUCAUCAACUACCUGAGGGGAAUUAAAAGGUUUCUUAAAAGAUUUCUAGUUGAAAACGACUCCUUGAAUACAUUUUUUCACGUCAAAAAUCAAAGCUGCAAAAAUGACAUUUCAGAAUCCAGAAAUUGUAAAGAAAUCCGAAGUAAAAUCAUGUUUCUGCAUGGAUCAUAUGCAGUCUCCUUAAUAGAGGGGGUCCUUAACAGAGAGGUGUCGUCUUAGGGAGGUCAAACUGUUUACGUUCUCAGCAGAGUCUUUAAACAGUAAACAGUAUAACUGUGAUGAAAAGUUUGUAAGUUUUCAACGAAAUCUAUUGGUUCUGUUCGACAGAAAAAGUACUCUGUGUUGUCAGACUCUAAUGGGUUAAAACAUUGAUGUCUGUUCCAUUGCAAAAUUUAGCUAUCCGCGGCUAAAAAAUCAGGAAACGGCUUAACACAUUCAGCGCCGAACCACAUAGAUCUACGUGGCCCAAAUCCCCCUCAUUGAGCUGGUUAUCGGAGUCUCAUGGACUUCAUGAAAGAACUACACCAUCGCCAUCUUCAGGGCAAGGUUGGAACUGAAAGUUCUUUUCA